GGAUACCUAGGCUCUGAAUGGGACGAUUGGCAAACAUGGCUUCAGAAAAGAGCAGUACAGAAGAAGAAAUUUUUAAAAGUAUCAAUGAUCUCAAGAAGAAAAUUCAGCUCUCAGAGGGCCAGCGAAAGGCCAAAUUCGAGCUGUGCGGCAUUGAAAAGAAGAAAAACACGGAUAAGAUCAAUCAAUUAAAAAAUGAACUGAAAGAGUUGUGUGCCAAUUUGGGAAAGCCCAUCAAAAGUGAGGAAAUUUUUAAUCAGAGAGCAAAGAGUGCAAAGGCUGAUUUCUUCCCGCUCAGCAAUAAGAGGCCGGAUGAAGCGCUCGACGUAAUCGAAUACAGGAUCAUCGAACUAAACAAGAAAUUGGAUUUGAAAAUAUACCAGCGACAUAAGUUUGAAGAAAAAUACAACGAACUUAUCGAGUAUAGAGAAAGGCUGAGGGUUGAGGCAGAUCAGUACCAACGGAAAAGGUGCAAAAGUGCCGAAAAAACGCCCGAGAAACAGAGGAUCAGUGAGCUUGAAAACAAAAUCCACCAUACCGAACUGAACGCCAUGGAGGCUGAGACUGUUCGUCGCAAGUACACGUCCAUCAAAUCAAAUCUUCUAAACGACUCAGUAAAAUAUGAAGCAUCUCUUCAAAAGCUUGAGUCGGAAAUAAAAUCUCAAAGCGAUGAAAUAGACAAGUUGCAGGCCAUCAGGAGUGAAGCCUUUCAAGUCAGAGACGCCACCAGGGCGAUGCUCGUUCGCCAGGACGAACUGGCCAUCCGCCAAGCCAAAGAAAGGGAGAGGAAGCUGCAGGAACAGAGGAUCAUAGUGGAGGAGCGGCGGGUGGAGCUGGAGAACCUGGAGCAUCAGCUCUUCCCUUCGUCAGGGAUGCUUCCCCAACUGCACAGAGAUUCUGUCACUUCGUUGGAAAACGUCGGACUCGCGACAAACGACGAAAACCUCAGCCAAUACUCUACUUCGGCACUGGAGGAUUCCUACAAGAAGCUCAUGGUGGCCACAGGGGAAGUUGAGCCAAGCAUGGUGACGCACAGGUUUGUCAGCCAGAAGGAGACCAGAAACCGACUGACCUAUUUGAGGGGCUUGACUGAAGAUGACAAGAGGAAGAUGGAAGCUCAGAGGAGCGAACUGAUUUCUAAAUUGGAGAUGUCUAAAUUCACUGCAGAAGUCAAGAGCAAGGAGAUAAAUGUAGAAGAAAUAGAGGAAUUAAAGGAAAAAAUUGUCCAAGAGGGUAAAAACCUGUGCAACAUAAUAAAGAAAACCAAAGAGAGAAAGUCUACUAAAGAGAGAAUUAUGAAAUGCUUGCUUGAAAUUUACAACUCUCUCAGAGAGUUCAACUUGAACGAGGACAAACUGGACACGGAAGGCAAGGACUUGGACCACAUUGCUCUGCUAUUCGUGGAGGACGCAGUGCUGGCGGCCCACAAGCUCGCCCAGCAAAAGCAGGAGGAGCAACGAAUGCGAGAGCGGGCCUCGCACUCUCGGCUCGGAAGUCGAGCCGGCUACACUCACCAGUCGUCGAGCGAAAGAACAGAAAUUCAACAGAACAGUCAGAAGAGCAAAGAGGUGCAGUCGGAGGAAGAGGAAAUUCCGACUAGAAACUUCAUCAAACGCCAAGCGCAGAUGCUAGUCGACUCUAAAUCCAGGAGGCGGUUUUUCAGGCCUGGAAGGAAUCGCAUGAGCAUGCAAGCUAAGAAAAUGGUUUAA